UUUAUACCGAAGACGUAGAACGAACUUGAACAGUCGCAUAAACUUAUUCAUACAAAACAGAACUUGUUAACUUCGGGAAAAAAAAUACAUGGGUAUCAAGAUGAAUAAUAUCCGAUGGUUUUCAGUUAUGAAAAUCCUUCUCUUAAUCAAUUUGAUUCCAGUUAAGUGCGCCAGCUAUUGUUACUACCGGUACAGUUACCUUGGAUAUGUACGACACUACUGCUACUACUACUAUUACUACUAUUCAUACAACUACAGUGGAGACGAUACAGCCGGGAUUAUUGCCGGGAUUGCGGUCGGCAGUGUUGUGGGAUUUAUCAUUUUCGUAUCCAUUGUGACAAUUGUCUGCGUCAAAGUCUGUAAAAAAACAAACCAUGGCCAAGUGGUUGUCCGGCCAGCGCAGCCAACGAUCUCCUACAUCAAUACAACGCAACAUGCUCAUGGAGAAUAUGUGGGAUACCAACAGUCCCCUAAUCCCACCUAUCCACCCCCGUACCAAGGAAAUCCUCAAGUAUCCACUCUUACUACAUAAACCAAUAUGAAACCCCUUAAAGAAGAGUGAAAUGUUGUGUUGUGAAAAUAAUUCUGACAUAUGUGAUAUUUUGUAGUCACCAAUGAGUAAAUAGAUUUUAUGAUAUAUUCUAUGAAGUAGUGCAAUUCAACUCUGUUGGUAACGGAAUUUAUGUAUUAUUAUAUUUAUGUUUUCAAUUUGAAUCAUUUUAAGGAUGGAUAUAUACACAGCUACGAAAUUAAAGAAACUAUUUUCAGGCCA